AGCCGUUAACGGUCGGCAGUUGGUGCUGGUCGGUCGCGGCGGUGUGCGUAUUGUGGCGCAGUCGGAGUUCGUCACCUUAACGAGGCACCAUGCGUGAAUGCAUAUCCAUCCACGUUGGCCAGGCUGGUGUUCAGAUUGGCAAUGCAUGUUGGGAAUUGUAUUGUCUUGAACAUGGGAUCCAGCCUGAUGGUCAAGUGCCUAGUGAUAAUACUAUGGGACGUGGAGAUGAUUCAUUUAACACUUUCUUCAGUGAGACAGGAGCUGGGAAACAUGUUCCAAGAGCAGUGUUUGUAGACCUAGAACCAACCGUAGUUGAUGAAGUACGUACAGGCACGUAUAGGCAGUUAUUCCAUCCUGAGCAGCUCAUUACUGGGAAAGAAGAUGCAGCCAAUAAUUAUGCCAGAGGCCAUUAUACCAUUGGAAAAGAGAUUGUUGAUCUGGUGCUAGACCGCAUUCGCAAACUGGCUGACCUGUGCACAGGGCUGCAAGGCUUCCUCAUCUUUCAUAGUUUUGGAGGAGGCACUGGUUCAGGGUUUGCAUCACUGCUCAUGGAAAGGCUAUCUGUUGACUAUGGCAAGAAAUCUAAACUGGAGUUUGCAAUUUAUCCAGCACCACAAGUUUCCACUGCUGUAGUGGAGCCCUACAACUCAAUUCUAACUACCCACACAACAUUAGAGCAUUCAGACUGUGCCUUUAUGGUAGAUAAUGAAGCCAUUUAUGAUAUAUGUCGUCGUAACCUGGACAUUGGCCGUCCUACUUACACCAAUUUAAACCGAUUAAUUGGGCAAAUUGUUUCAUCCAUCACAGCUUCACUGCGUUUUGAUGGAGCCCUCAAUGUAGAUCUGACAGAAUUUCAAACUAACCUGGUUCCAUACCCACGAAUCCAUUUCCCCUUGGUAACAUAUGCCCCUAUCAUCUCUGCUGAAAAAGCAUAUCAUGAGCAGUUAUCUGUAGCUGAAAUUACCCAUGCUUGCUUUGAACCAGCCAACCAGAUGGUCAAAUGUGACCCUCGCCAUGGCAAGUACAUGGCCUGCUGCAUGUUAUACAGAGGCGAUGUUGUGCCCAAAGAUGUCAAUGCAGCCAUUGCCACUAUCAAGACUAAACGUACCAUUCAGUUUGUGGAUUGGUGCCCAACUGGAUUCAAGGUGGGCAUUAACUACCAGCCUCCAACUGUGGUGCCAGGUGCUGAUCUUGCCAAGGUGCAGCGGGCUGUGUGUAUGCUGAGUAACACAACUGCUAUCGCAGAAGCAUGGGCUCGGCUCGACCACAAAUUUGAUCUCAUGUAUACUAAGCGUGCCUUUGUGCAUUGGUAUGUUGGGGAGGGGAUGGAGGAAGGAGAAUUUUCUGAAGCCCGGGAAGACCUGGCUGCCCUUGAGAAAGAUUAUGAAGAAGUUGGCCUAGACUCAGUAGAAGCAGAGGCUGAAGAAGGAGAUGAAUAUUGAGAAAACUAAAGCCUGGAAAAAACCUAUUUACCAAAAAAAUUGCAGAACUCUGUUUGUUUGUUUUCAAAUACGCUUCCAAAUAAAGUUCCAAAGAUUA